AACCUACCCACUUCCCCACCAGGUCAGGGAGUCUGACCCCAUGACUGCACUUGACCCAGGGAACACCCCAGCUCAGAGGCUUCCAUGGGAUCCCCACCCUGUACCCAGUGGGAGGAGAGUCAGGGUGGGAGGAAAUUCUUCCACAUCAUGUUGCCUUCCUGGUCCAGGGUCAAAUUCCACUGGCCUUGCCAGUUAAAUUCCCAGUUAACUCUGGGGUUGGUUACACUGCUAGAAAGGAAGGAGGAGGGCAGGCCUGGGGCCUUCCUUCUCUGAGUAUCAGUUUGGUCACCUGUAAAGUGGAAAAUCACAUCCACCGAUGAACAGGUAGCAAGGGUGUACAGCCACGCUGGGGUGGGUUAGAGUUAUAGCCCAUUUUACAGGUGAGAUGAAGCUGCUUGGCCGAGCCAGGGUGCAAUCCAAGGUCUGAGAGCUGCGCCUGAGUGUCUGGGCCCUGCACCAGGGGGCUGGAAAAAGCCCACGGAGGCUUCACCCCCCCUCCUCCCUUCUUCCCUCCUAACUUCCUUCCUCCCUCCCUCCCUCUUCUGGAGACCAGGAGACUAAUGGAGGGCCGGGACCCCAGGCUGUCAGCUGGGAUGGAGCCCUAGGGUUCUAGCUUCCAGCUUCGGGGCUUGGCCACUUCAUUGGCUGGUGACCUGUGCAGAAACUGCCCCGGGGCCCCACGCUUAGCUCAGCGUUCUGCUGUUGGCACUUGAAAUUCUUCUUCUUUUUUUUUUUUUUAACAAGGGGCUGCACCUUUUGCACUAGACCUCACAAAUCAUGUAACCAUCUGUGCCAGGGAGUCUGGGUGACCCAGGACAGUCCCUCUCCCACCCCCAGCCUUCUCAGGAGAGACUGGAGACCUGGCACCUGGCCCACCUGCCUUUUGUGCCCUGCCUCCCCCUACUGGGUGCCAGGUGGGCCCAGAAGCCUCUGCAGGCGUGGGAGGAGAGCCCUGGGCUGGGGGGCAGGGAGCACGCCCUUGGGAGGGAGCAGGCUGGCAGCUGAGCCACAGCUGCUGGCCCAGCAGCCGGCGAGUGCUUGUGAGCAGGUGUUGGGCAGAGGGACGAUCCACCAGCUACUUCCUCCAGGCAGAUGAAGGUGACUGGUGACUGGAUCUGGGCCUGCUGACAGCUCUCUGGACCCCCUUCUCUGCCACUGCAGUUCCUACAGCUUCCGGGAGGUGUGACCCCACACCCCUGCCCCCUGGGCCACCUGCAGGACGCUGGCCCCUGCCCCUCAGCAGACGCCGGAGAGAGAUGAGUAGCAACAAAGAGCAGCGGUCAGCAGUGUUCGUGAUCCUCUUUGCCCUCAUCACCAUCCUCAUCCUCUACAGCUCCAACAGUGCCAAUGAAGUCUUUCAUUAUGGCUCCCUGCGGGGCCGUAGCCGCCGGCCCGUCAACCUCAAGAAGUGGAGCAUCACGGACGGCUACACCCCCAUUCUCGGCAACAAGACUCUGCCCUCCCGGUGCCACCAGUGUGUGAUUGUCACCAGCUCCAGCCACCUGCUGGGCACCAAGCUGGGCCCUGAGAUCGAGCGGGCCGAGUGCACAAUCCGCAUGAAUGACGCACCCACCACGGGCUACUCAGCCGAUGUGGGCAACAAGACCACCUUCCGUGUAGUGGCCCAUUCCAGCGUAUUCCGUGUGCUGCGGAGGCCCCAGGAGUUCGUCAACCGGACCCCUGAAACCGUGUUCAUCUUCUGGGGUCCCCCAAACAAGAUGCAGAAGCCCCAGGGCAGCCUGGUGCGCGUCAUCCAGCGGGCAGGCCUGGUGUUCCCCAAUAUGGAGGCUUACGCCGUCUCUCUUGGCCGCAUGCGCCAGUUUGAUGACCUCUUCCGGAGUGAGACAGGCAAGGACAGGGAAAAGUCCCACUCGUGGCUGAGCACAGGCUGGUUCACCAUGGUGAUUGCGGUGGAGUUGUGUGACCAUGUGCACGUCUAUGGCAUGGUCCCCCCCGACUACUGCAGCGGCCCCGCCUGCAGCGCAUGCCCUACCACUACUAUGAGCCCAAGGGGCCGGACGAGUGUGUCACCUACAUCCAGAAUGAGCACAGCCGCAAGGGCAACCACCACCGCUUCAUCACGGAAAAGAGGGUCUUCUCGUCCUGGGCCCAGCUGUACGGAAUCACCUUCUCCCACCCCUCCUGGACCUAGGCCACCCUGCCUGUGAGACUCUCACAAGGAACACAGGAGAAGUGGGUCUCUGCCCAGCUGCUCGACCAAGGGCCAUCGUCUGGCUAAUCAAGGCUGGUCAGAGUGUCUUCUGGCCAUUCAGGCCUUGAAGAGGAUAUAAUCUCCAGCCAUUCAGGGCCUGGGGGUAUCUCUUGGCCAAUCAGGGAUUUGGACUUCUAUGUGGUUAGUCGGGUGUCGAGGGUAUUUCUUGUCCAGUCAGGGUCUGAGCAUAGUCAAUCAGGGUAUUUCUGAGUAAUCUGAGGCUAAUGUCGUGUCCUUUCCCAUGAGGCCUUGGUUCAGAGCCCCAGGACGGACUCCAAAUCACUUCCUAUUGGUUGGGACAGUGGGGUCCUGUCCCAAGGAGCUGGGAACUCGUGUCGACCCCUCACUCCCCAGAGCCAGAAAGAGGUUGUGUGGCGGUGGGAGCUGUCUGGAGCCCAGGCAGGGGCAUCUGUGGGGUUAGGGGGGUUCCAGGCGUGGGAGGCUGGUGUCCGGUUCUUGGCUCUGCCCUGAGUGGCCUUGGACAGACCCCUUGCCCCCUCUCUGGGCAUCCUUCUGCCUGUGUCAGGUUCUAGAGUCUGAGAACCCUCCCACCUCCCCCAACGACCACCUUGGGUCUGUCCUCCGUCAAGAUUGGACCCCUCCAGCCACCACCCCUUGCCGGGGGGCUCAGCUCUCUGAGGGUCUGGGGUUCCCUUCCCCACCUCCUCCUGGAAACUUGAGGAUAUUUUUGCGCAAGCUCUCCCAGGCUUUGGGGGACUCUGAAAAGAAGGGACAAACCUUCAGCUGUUUUCUUAGCCCUUCCGCCCAGCUGCCAUUAACGUGGCUCUUAAAGAGCCAGGCCCCCUUUUCUGCCAUCCAGCAGUGAGGUUUUCCACCUGUUGGAGGAGCCCUUGGGGCUGAGAGAGGGGGGAUCCCAGCCCAACUGAGGUUUCCUGCAGCCCCUUUGUCUGCAGCUGCUGGAGUAGUCCAGGGGUCUCCCCCAGCUGGGCCUGGGAAUGCCCUAGGGGGCUGGGAGCUGUUGCCUGAGUUCUGUCCCCUCCCUCCACAUCAGGCACUUUAUUGCUGGACUUCAGUGGGGUGGGUUUAAUCCCUGCUCUUCUGGAGUCUUGAGGAGAAGACUGGGGGAGGCUGUGGAAUGGGACGAGUCAGGCGGAGGAGGAGGAGGCCAGCAGUGAGCCACUGCACACUGGGACAAGGGGUGGGGGCCGGUGACUACCCUAGACUUGGUUUUGUAAUGAUUUGUACAGGAAUAAACACACCUAAGCUCCG